GCUCACUCUUUAGUUUCCAGUAGUCAGUCAGUGUGACGUACGUGAUUUAAAAGAUAAAAAAAAGAACGAUACGCAUUUCCGCAAUACGCAAAUAUAGUGACAGAGUUGCUCGUGCCGAUGACAACGCCAACGGAGAGAAUAGGCGCCGCAAUUCUGGCAGACAAGCCGGAACCACAGCCAGAAGUGAGCGCUGCUGCGAGGCUCGUUCCGUUUGCCGCUGGCGUGUUUUGUUCGUUUUGUGAUUCGGCCGCUGGUCGGCGUAAGAAGUUUCCAAUCUGCGUCCUGGGGUGGUGAGAAACAAAGCCACUAUCAGCGGUCGGCGCGGCCGAGACGAACAAUACAAGCGAUCGCCGUCAGAUAACCCUGCGUGCCCACGACGACGACGGUGGACGGGAGCCGCUCACUGAGCGCACAGCAAUGCGACGGGCGGGAGCCACGGCUGAGGACGGCAUACGGUUCCGCUUCAAGCAGCAGUACACGCCAGAGGAAGCAAGAGGCGGACGCUAUCCUCCAGAAGUACCCACAACGUAUUCCUUCCACGGCUCCGAGCCUUGCGCGAAAGCGGGCCCAGCCUCUUCCUCUCUCCCCCAGGUGAUCGUCGAGCGGGCACCCAACUCGCACGUUCCUUCCAUAGACAAGCAGAAGUUCCUGGUGCCCAAUGACAUCACGGUGGCGCAGUUUAUGUGGAUCGUGCGCAAGCGCAUCCAUCUCUCGCCGGAGAAGGCACUCUUCGUCUUCGUUGGCCGGCUUAUGCCCCAAUCUAGCCUCAGCAUGGGAGACCUAUACGCCACGUACCACGACGAAGACGGCUUCCUCUACCUCGCCUACAGCGGCGAAAACACGUUCGGCGGCCUACGCUCCGGAGCAAGUGUGCCCCUACAGACUUGAACCGUCGUGCCUGCGUGCCUCGUAGCGCGCUGCUCGUCUCUAUGGUUCGCGGUGCACAAUCGGCGGCCGCCUCCAUUUUAAAACAAUACUCCCGCUUACUCUUCUGGGGCGGCUCUUUUUUCUUUCUCUCUUUUUUUAAACUCUCGUGUCGUCGGGGCCCCUUGCGCAUCCCCUGCACAACGACAUCAAAAAUGGCAGCUUCCCGCAUAUAAAAUGAGCUCUUAAUGUACGUGCUUGCGGGUUUCCAUUGCUGCGUGUCGCGCAAGCACGAGGAAAUGACCGCGAAGUGUUUACAACCGCGCCUAACAGCUCCUACCUCGGUGCUCUCAGUGCUGUAUUUAAACUUUGACCAGUCCAGUCGGUUGGCAAGCUUGAACGUUUAGGCUAUCAGCUGGCUCCAGAUUGCACCAGGCGAAACUAUGUUCCAGACUUUCGGUCACCAUUCCUUUCAAAGCAUCCGUGGCUCCGCAAAUUUUUUUUUUUUCGCCCGCACGGAAGAGCGCGCGCGCCAUAUUCAGUGUUAGGUGCUCAUUUUAAGCUUAUGUCGCGUACGCAGCGUCUGAUUUUUUGAAUGCAUCGUUUCCGUUCUGCCUUUGCGAACACGUGCGCUAUAGAUUCAAAUGUGCUGUACCAUGUGUCCCGUCUGCCACUUUCUGCACCACCAUGAAAAUCAGUAUUAAAACACCCGCAAAACACUGGCGAUCAGUGCUGAAUGAAUCUUGGCUAAACAAAAGUUCUCACAAAUGACAGAAAAGAUCUGGGCUAGAUUUUUAGGGGGGUUUUUUUCAACUAUAUGAACAGAAGUGCAGGGUUCGAUUCCGUCUGCUCAUUUUUCUUUCGAGCGCGUUGUCAUUCAUGCAAUGGUUUUAAUGUGAAUACUCGAAAAGGCUUCAACUUUUGUUCACCUUUGUUUCGGAUGUGAAUGGUGCUUGAGAAAUAAAGAAUGCGACCAGCCCAAAAAGUCUGCAUGAGCAACAAGUCA